ACACCUGACAGCUUCCUGGGAGUUGGAAAGACAAACUGAAAACAAACUUGUUGGCUUUUUUAUAAGUUGUACUACAGCAUAUCACACACACGUGAGUCUUUCUGAAGCUUAAAUCUGUUUUGCAAGCCCAACAUGUGUGUUUACUUGUAGAUUUUAGAGAGCAUCUGCCUCUGAGAGUUUGGCUCUUGUGGAUCCAGGUCUGACAGGGCAGCUCCACAUGCUCAGUCCAGCUCAGCUCCAGUAACUGGAUGAUUUGUCAGGAUAGACAGUGAGUGAGUGCUGCAGCAGCAGUCAUGGCUACUGGGUUCCAAAUUACAAGUAUAUUACUGAUCUGCUUCUUGAGUGAGGUGAACUACUCUUCAGCUUUUCCAAGAGCCAGAAGUUCCAUGUAUCCUGAAGCAUGGCAGAUUGUAAGGGAGACACCGCAAGAGGGAUAUGGCUAUGGGAUCCGUCGCCCUCUCCAGUACAUCCAGGCUCUGAGGCAGCCCCACAGAAACCUACAAUCCAACGUCCAUGGUCAGGUUCAGAUCAUAACCAGGCAAAAGCCCCAGGAAAGUUCUUUGAGUGCCCAUAGCCGUGCCCAGAUACAAAAUCAACCUGGUCUGUAUCACCAAACUCAGAGCCCAUAUCUAACACAGCCUGAUGUUGCCACUGAAUGGACACAGGAAAUGUCCCCAUCCCAGCCCCCACCUCAGAGAAACUACCUGCAGUCCAAGCCUAGAAGCUUUGAAUUCAGUCUAAAGGUUCCUUUUGCCAACUUCCCGCACCAAAACAAAGACACUAGUUCAAUCACUAAAGGCUCUGCUUUGAACAGUGGUGGGAGUGAUGAUGCAAGCUAUUCACAAUUGUACAGGCCAAGCAGUGUUCAGAUCCAGAGCAGUUUCAACAGCCCUUCUGGUUCAGAUGGGUUUUCAGACAAAGGUUCCACAGAUAACCCAAAUGGUGGAAAAAAUGCCCAUGACGUCUCCAAGCCAAGUUUUCAACUCAGCUUUUCAUUUCCUAUUCCAUCUCCUACUCCAUCUACAAAACCUGCCAGCAGUAAUGUUGGUUAUUCUGAAAAUCUCCAAAGACAAGGAAGUGUUGGUUUUGUUCAGACCAGUAACAUGGAGCCAGCAACAUUGCAAUCAAGUUCAGCCCAAAAUGGAUUUUUCAAUUCUGGUACUGUACAGCAAGAAAGGGAACACCAGUCUAAAAAGCUGACUACCUUUUCCACUGUGCAUGUGAGCCAGCAUGCAACUCCUAAUGAGCAAAGCAGCCAGGAUGAAAUCCCCACAGAACAGAGUCAGGUAUUUCCAAAGCCAGAUUUAACAAACCACCCAGCUUCAUCUCAGCCAUCCCCAAACUAUCCUCUACAAUCUGAAAAUGUUCACAGCGGUUACUACAAUGGCCAAGUAAACCCUUCAUUGUCUCCAUCCCAAUAUGAAAGAGCUCCAAGUGGACAUUACAGCGGUGGUCAGCUUAAACUCAAUGGCAACAACUACGGUCAAGGUCAAACUGGGCAGCCAACUGGUUCCCAAUUUACCUUUGCUUCUGAACAGUAUAGCUAUGGCCAAUUUAAGCCAUCCUUUGGGUAUGGACAGAAUGAAGAGACCGUAUCACACCCUGAAUCUCCCACUAUUCCUUUAUCACAAUUUGAACUUCCAUCAUUUGGUUAUCCCAACAGGGAAGUUGCCAUCACCACUAAUUAUGAUAGAAAAGGUAAUGUGGUGAUAGGGCAAAUGGACUUCUCUUCCUCAUCUCCUUAUCAGUACAGCAAGAGUCAGAGUGGACAAACUCUGUUGCCUGAUCAUCUGACUGCUUUUAACCAUUCAUCGAAUUUCCAGGACCUGUCGACUGAGUAUCAAACCCAAGUAAGACUUCCUGGACAGUCGACUGGCAGAUGGCAACAUGAUAGAAAACCCAAUUACACAAAACUUUUGAUUAAUAUGGAAGACAAAACAGAUGGAGCUGAUGGACAGAAAAACUACUUUGCUACUCCAACACACUAUGAUCCUUACUCUGGUAAAUGGACUAGACAGAACAUAGCAGCACCACCUGUUAGAAAUCCCAGUCCCUUGUCUAUGGAACCUCAGUCUCUCAUUUCAUUGAGCCAACAUCAAAUCACUGGAUUUGAAUAUGAACAGACAGGCACUGAGAGACAUGACAUACCUUUUGAAACUCCCAGUAAGGACUGUGUAGGAGAGCAACAUGCAUCUAAUCCUCAACAACCAAAUGCUGUCUUUGUUCCAACAAACUUUGACCAACAACAAGUGACAGAAUCAACCACCCAAUUUGUGUCACAUACAUUUGGUCCUAGUUAUGGACAAUAUCCCAUUGGUCAAAUGCAACCUACAAGUGACCAGAGUGUGCUGGCCAACUAUCCUGCCUCUGUCAAUAGAAUACAUUACCCUAAUAUAUAUGGCCUCAAUCAUUAGUCAAAAUUCUUUUGACAGUACAUCUUCAGGUCAAGUGACACAACACAGAAAACCUUUUGGGAAGUCAGGCUCACACUGAGCACACUCCUGCUGUGCAACUGGUACACAUGGACCCUAUGCUAUCUGUUACACUCAAACAGUAUUAAGACUAGUUCUUUGAAUUGACCUCAGUUGUCCAUUUUCAUCUGUACCUGAUUUCAAAAUAUAGAAACCACAAUUGAACUACAUUGCUGUUCCAGGUGGCAUCUGUGAAAUCAUCCCUCCAAAUCUCAACAGGGUACAACUGUAGUAAACCCACAUUCUCUGUAGUUCAUCCCACUGAUUUAGCAGUGCAAUCCACCCAUCAGCAUUUAACCUAAUGGGACCUCCUCAGCAACGGUCAAUUUGUUCUGAUGGGGAAAACCUGCCAAUGAAGAGGCCCAGGUUCAUCCAAGGAUUUGUCUUCUUCUCUUUUUAUAAUAACCAGCACACUGCAAAAUGAUGGAAAACCACUUCAGCCUUUCCUGCCUGGUUACAAGACAGUAAGGAAACCAAUCUUCUGGUCAAAGCAGAUGACUGUCAGUGGAGAGCACAGAUAGGGAUACAAGCUUAGUGUUAGCCCAAGACUAUUGAUGGCCCAGGAUGUGCAUUACUGUGGGUACAAGCCAAGCUCUUGAGUAUCUAUGAAGUCAGUGGGGUAAAAGAAUGAAAUGAUGUCUCCAUGCACAGCAACUGUUGAUACCCUCUGGGAAAAGCAGACUGUCUCAGGGAAAUGAAGCAAAGGCAUACAGUCUGUUCUGGAGCAGUACAUGGAGGUUAAUCUACAGCACACCUGUUUCCAUUAAAGUGUCCAAGCUCUA